UAUGAUCCGCAGCUCUAAUAAAAAAAGAAGAAGUGGAAGACCCGAGAAUCAAUUUGCUUAAAAAAGUUCAUUAAAAUGAGUUAUAGUGCUUAUUGUAUAUUAAAUAUCAGAAAAUGCAUAAUAACAAAAUUUUCUCUUUCUUUUCCAAAAAAUGGUUACGCAAAAAAAGAUUCCGGUAGUAUAAGUAUGAUAGGAGGAACCUUAAAGAAAAAGAAAUUAAGUAAAUUGGGACCUAUCACAGAGAAAAAACUAUUACCAGUUGAAGAAGAUCCCAAUAAAUUGGUUUCAUACGUUUGUGGUACUAAUAUUUACAAAACUGGAGAAGAUGUAAUUUUAAAAGAAAAUUCUGAGUAUCCAGAUUGGUUAUGGAACAUAAGGUUAGGCCCUCCCCCCACAUUAGAAGAAUUGGAUCCAGAUUCAAAGGAGUAUUGGAGAAAAAUAAGAAAAAUGGGUAUGAGAAGAAAUAACCAAAUGGCAAAAUUCAAAAAACUGUAAAUAAAAUGUAUAGAUAUUUUUGUGGGUUUACAUUUAAUUUAACAAAGAAAGUCCACUAUUCAUAUAUAUGAAGUUAAAUAGAAAAAUAUCAUAGUGUCAAGUAAUAUCUUAUUGCCUUGUUGUUUAUUUUUUAAAUAAAGUAAUGUACAUUUUUAUCUUACUGAUUUUCAAACUAUUAAUGAUUUAUUUGGACUAAAACAAGCUGAAUAUUGAUUAAAAGCAAAAUGCUUUCAAAUAAUAUAGAGCUUAAUUUUUGAAGAAAACAAACUAGUAAUAGUUUUUAAUAAGAUUUGUUGAUAUAGAAUCUACUGGUUAACACAAUGACAAUGACUUCCAUGCAAUUUUAUUCACUUAUUUUAAAUCAUGAAAAAUACUAAUUUAUAUACAAAUUUAUCACUCAAAGAUAUAGAAAAUGGACUUUUUAAAGAAGUUUUAUUUCUCAGUUGAAUUAUACAAAAAAAAAUAGGGUCGGGGAAAUUAUGAGUUAUUUCAUAGUUGGCAAUCAGCAUGUUGAAUUGUUUUUGAAAGGACAGUAAUAUAUUAAUAAUCUGUUACUUAAUACCAUAUGAAAAACUAUUGUAAUAAAACUGAUCAAGG